CAACGCGAGGGAAUCUACUAGCUUCACUCUUCGCUACACGCAGUAAUAUGAACUCUCUAACGAUUUCUAUUUGUCGUUAUUGUAGUUGACGACGGAAAACAUUCACCAGUGGAUGUGUAAGUGGACAUUUGAAGAGAGUUUCAUACUUUGCCAAACAUAUGCUGCAAUGCCUCAGGUGGUUCUCAGCUGAACUGUCUCCUUGGGAACCAUGACAUCGCAGAGGACAUCUGGAGACCCGCCCGUUGAACGUGGGUCACUCCCACUAGACAUCGAUGAUGUCCACAUACUACUGCAAGUGGAGCAGGAACAAAUUCAGAAGAGAACCUUCACCAACUGGAUCAAUGCCCAGCUGUCUAAGAGGAGUCCUCCAGUUACUGUGCUGGAUCUUUUCAAUGAAUUCAGAGAUGGAAGCAGACUAUUGGACCUGCUGGAGGUGAUGAGUGGUCAGAGAAUGAGCCGGGAGAAAGGAAGGGGGACAUUUCAGCACAGAACAAACAUUGAGAAAGCUCUAGCGUUCCUUAAGAGGAAAUCGAUCAAACUGGUCAACAUCAAUGUCUCGGACAUCAUGGAUGGCAAGCCUUCCAUUAUUCUGGGUCUGGUCUGGACCAUCAUUAUGCACUUUCAUAUUGAAGAGUUGGCCAGCACAUUGUCCUUUAGUUCUCGUCAGUCGUCUCUGGAGUCGCUGGCGAGUUUGGAUACUCGUUCGACCAGCAGCAGUGCCCGCAGCAGUCCAGUGCCACCCCGUGGUUCACCCCUGCAUGCACGUUUUCGUGUAUCUGCCAAGAAAGCCCUGCUGCUGUGGGUCAGAGAGCAGUGCCAGAGGGCUGGUUGUACUCUGAAUGUGAAGGAUUUUAAGGUGAGCUGGAGGAGUGGCGUAGUGUUUUUGGCAAUACUUCAUGCUCUAAGGCCGAAUAUAGUGGACCUAACCAGAGCCCGAACAAGAACGAACAGACAGAACCUUGAGGAAGCCUUCCACAUUGCUGAAAGAGAACUUCACAUCCCCAGACUACUAGAUCCAGCCGAUGUUGAUGUUAGGGAUCCUGAUGAAAAGUCUAUUAUGACUUACGUUGCUCAGUUUCUGCAGUACUCUAAAGAUACUUCUGUUUCUGACGAAGAAAUGCAGUGUCUCACUCCUCCUCAGCGUCUCUCUCCUGUCAAUCUGCCAUCAGACUUUACACCUUCUAUAGCUGCGUCACCUCUAAGACAGACCUCAGCCAAUCAGAAGGCUCAGGAGGUCACAUGCUGGUUGGAUCAGGCCUAUCAGGAGCUGAUAGAGGGAUGGGACUCCACAGAGGGAGAGAGCUAUGCUGAAAGAUACCAAGUCUUCCACACCUUCAUUGUGUCCUUUAACGAGCAGCGACGGCCCGUAAUGCCGUUACUAACAGCGAUGAAGAGGACACCUCAGCUCAGUGUAGAGCAGAAAGGCCUCAGACGAGCAUGGGACACUCUUGCUGAGAAGCUGCGUGAGUAUAAAACAGAACUAGACCUGAGUCUCCCAUCUCCACUGGACAUCGUGGGCCGCUGGUUGUUACGUAUUGAAGAGGUUUUAUCUGCCGAAGAGGGCGAGCCAUUGGAUCACGCCCGAGCUGCGGAGGAGGCCCGUGAGAAACUUGAGCUACUAAAGGUGUGUUUGGAGGAGAUGCCACAUCAUAUCAAGAGGUUUAAUAUGUUUCAAAACACAAAUGAGUUUGGAGAGACUCUGGUGCCGACAGACAAGAUGGAAGAAAUGAAGAGAAGGUUCACCAGUGUCCGUGUAACAGCUAAAUAUCAUGGUAUUAAGCUGGAGUACCGUGAGCGCAGGCACACAGUGUUAGACCUUCUGAAUCAACUCAACAUUAAAUUGCGUUCUUGGAAAAGAGCCUACAUUUCCCAGGAGGCUGUUCGUGUGCUAAUGCAGGACUGGAAUGAGACUGUGAACAAACAGGACCUGACCUCUAUGCUGGAUGGAGCCCUCCACAGACUCAAACUAAUCGCCAACAAAUACACCAGCAAGGCUGCCUUGGCUGGAGACUCUACACAGGUAAAUCGCCAGGUGGCUGAUCUGGAAGCAGAUGUGACAGCAACUCUGGAAGGUGUACGGAUGAUGAGGGGAACUAUGGGACGUGUGUUGGCAGCAUGGGACUCUUACAGUGAUAUCUAUACCUCACUGCGCGCAUGGCUGGAGCAGGGUCCACAUAGUCAGCGACACGGGCAGAGAACAGAGGUGACAUUAUCAGUGAUGUCAGAGUGGAGUUCUCGGCAAGUUCACCUAAACGAGGUCGCCAACUACCUAACUGAGGUCACAGACCCGCAGACUAGCCGUGCUAUUUCAGACGAACUUUGCAAGAUAAAUCUGCUCUGGGCUGACUUUGCCAAAACAGCCCAGUUUUCUUUAGCUGAGGAGCCCAGUGCUGGCCCAUCUAGUCCUCAGACAGUUCAGGCCCUAAUGAGGGAGGCCACUCAGUUACUGAAAGAACCUGUGGAGGUGGUUUCUGGAUCACUACGUACUUACACAAAGAGACUACAGCUUAUGAUGAAGAAAAUAAAGGAUGUGGAUCUAGAGGCCCUAUCCCCAUCUCUAGACUGCUCUCCAGAAACCCUGAGCAAACUUCAGCAGGCCAUUCCUGAAGUAUUGCAGACACUCUGUGAGGCUGAACAGGUGUGCGAUGAGCUGCGUGUGAGUGUGAGUGGGUUGGACGGACGUCUAGCUGAACUGUUACACUGGGAGAUGGAAGCCAGAGAGUUGUAUCAGCUCCUUAAGGAGGAAACACACAGGCAGAAGAGAGGACAAGAUCCUAGAGCCCGGCUGCUAAUUUCGAGAGGGCUACAGUUAGAGGGUCAAGUGGUUAUGGAGGAGCAGGAUCUGCAGGUGAUGGUCAUGACUGGUCAGAAGACUUCACCACUACAGUAUCUCAUCGCAUCCACCAUGCAGGACAGGGUCCGCGCUGUUGUUGAAAAGUCACAGGAAGCCGUAGGCAUGCUUAGCUCUUUGGGGGCUUGCAGAGACAGAAGCCCUUCUAGAGACCAGCCACCUUCCAAGAUUUUUGUCAAAUAUCAGGAGGCAGAGGUAGAGUCCCAAACCCAGAAGCCCACCUUCCAGCCUGUCUCUCCUUCAGGAGCCCCUAGCCAAACAGAACCCCAGCCUGCAGUCAGAGCCAAAGUCCCAGUACCCUCUCAGAUACCUUCUGAGGUACCUUCUCAAGCUGUAGUGCUCAAGACCCAGCUGUGUAGUCAGCCUGUCCCUAUGAUUGUUGUAGAAGAGUAUGAAGAAGAGAAAAGUAGUCCACAAGCACAAGCGCACCCCUGUGAGCAAGUGAAAGACUCUCAGUCUAUUGAAGUUAAGUCACAGAAAGUUGUCCAAGCUCAAGCAAAAAUUGACACGCUUAAAGAGCAUCAUGUAGAAAGUCAGAUAUCUUUACCACAACCUGAGACACAAAAACGGACAGAAAACCAGUGGAAGAUGCAAGCUCCAGUAGCUAGCCAACCCUCACAGAACCUGCAACAAGCAGCAUCACAAGUUCCUAAUGAGCAACAAUUAGCAACACAGCCACAGGUGCACAUCCAACAACAAGAGAAAACUCAACUUGCAAAACAGCAGAAGGUUCAAGCACAAACGGCAAUCCAGUCACAGCCUCAGGGCCAAGUAGAAAUACAAUCACAGAAAGAAGUUACAAGCCAACAUCAAGCUCCAAAGCAGCAGAGGAAAGCAAAAAAAUCCCAGGCAAAUCUGCAGAACAGACCCUGGCUUCAACAGAGGAGUCAACUGGAAAAUGUUACCAAAAAACCAGCUCAGUUGGUGCCACAGUCUCAGUCAGAGCCAGAGGACAAAGGUCAAGUAAGUCUUCAAGCACCACCACAGCAUAUAGUGGCUGUUAGCUCACCUGAAGCUCGGGGACCUGCUCAUGGCAUGGUGACAACACAGUCAAAAAGCAUUGUUGAGAGUGGUAAAAAACACCUGAAGCAAGCUCAACCUGUUACACAAGAGAAACCCCUUAUAGUGACACAAAAACUACCUCAAACUGUGCCAGGAGUUGCAGCACAACCAGUGAUUCAAAAACAACUACAACAGCCAGUGACUCCUCCGAUUCGUCAACAAUUAUUAACCCAACAUCAACCUCAACCCUCUAUAUCAACUCAAACUCAAGCAGCUACACAAUACUCACCCACACCUGCACCCAUUCAGCAACAAAAGCAACCUCAAGCACAGAUACUGACACCACAGCAACCUCAAGUGAUGACCAUGAAACAGGCACAGUCUCAAUCCAUGACUCCAAUGCAACCACAAUGGCCGGCACAACAGACAAUUCCACAGUCUCAUCCUGCAGUGCUGCAACCACAAAGAUUUCCAGUGACCCAAGCAAUGCCCCAAGGCAUUUCCAGACCAGCGCAGCAGUAUCCAACAUCUCCCAUUCAACCACAAGUAAAUAUGCAGAGACAACAGUCACCACAUGGUGUAGUGCAGACCCAGCAACCCACACUGCACAAUCCGGCUGUGAUUUCCCCUCAGCCCAAAGGUGCAUCCUCCAUACAACCUAGAAUCAUCUCUAUGCCUCAACCCCAGAUGCCUGUUCAAUCUCAAACCCAAACUCUGAUCAAAGCACAGGGAAGUGCACCACUUAUGAUUCAACCUCAGGGGCAACCCCAGUGGUGUCAACCAGGAGAUGUCACCCAAACUUACCCCAAAGUCCAAGGACCAGUUUCUGUUGCUGCCCAAAUGCAGCAUCUGGCCCAUUUCCAAACUCAUCCCCAACUUCAAAGUGUCCCUCCAGCUCAACCUAAGCAGUGGUCACCAAUAAGACCAGGCAUAGUGACCCAGACCUACCCCACUGUCCAAGUCCCAGGUCAGGUAGCCCAACCUCAACCUCAAAUGGCCAUUUACCCUAAAACCCAGCCACAAUCACAGCCUCAGCAGUGGCCCCCUGCUAGACCAGAAUCACCUUGGGGUCAAUCACAGAUAAGACCCCAAAGUCCAGGUCAGUAUAUGGUUCCCUCUCAGCAAUGGAGACCUGUCAGUCCAGAAAGAGUCAGUACAGUAUACCCAAAGGCUGAAACUCAAGGGCAGGGACCUCAUCCUCAGUCCCAAUAUCAAGCCCUACCAAGGCCACAAAGCCCUCAACGGCAGUGGGGUCCAGUCCGACCAGAACAUCAGUUUCAAGUCUCUUCCCAAACUAUGUUCCAUGGUGUUCUCCAGCCAGUAGCUCCAUGGAAUCAACCACCUGCUCAAGCUCCCAUAAGAUCUCAGAGUCCACAGCAGCCUCAGCAAAGUCAGCAACAAUGGGGUUCAUCCAGGACAGAGGCCCCAUCUGAAACCCUCAACCAAAGCCAAGCUGCUCAGGCAGAGCUUCAGUCCCAAGAUCUGACAAAGCCUCAGUUACCAGUACAGGAACCGCCCCAACAGCAGUCAGCUCCUCGGCUUAAGCAGCCAGCACUUGCCCAGGCUCCCCCUCAAGCCUACACUGAGGCUUAUAUAAAGGCACAGGCCCUGGUCAGGAAUAGAUUUGAGGAAGUCAAGCACUGUAUUCAAGAGCACAUUCUCGAAGCUAUCAAUGUAUUCAAGGAUAAGCAAAUGACAGACGAACAGGCAUCAGUUAAGGAGGAGACGCUCCGGACUCUAGACCCUGAACUCCUUGAAGAGUUUUUGAGGGCUGCAGAAGGGAUGGAAGCUUUCUGUACCCCAUCUGAACUUAGAGACAUGGAGUUUUUCAAGCAAUCUGUUAGAACACAGUGGAAGGCUUGUUUUUCAGCAGAGGGCAGUCUGGCAGAGGCAGGGCAGCAGCUUGAAGCUCUGAGGGAGUUGUGUGAUACUCUGAGCCCUGAGGACGCACACAGGCUCGCACAAGCCCAACUCAGAGAAUGUGAAAGACAGCUUGCUGCCAUCCAGCGGCAGUUUAGUGGAGACAGAGAUACACCUCCUCCAGACACUGGUUCACAAACAGAGCAAACAAAAGAGCCACUCACUCAGAAAGCACCUACAGUCUCACCACCAGCUGAGAAGCCCAAAGAAGUUAUUGUUUCUGAGGCUGUUACACCAGUUAGCCCCCAGCGAACGAGAACUGUGGAGAAGAGAGAGAUAGUGAAACAAACGAGUACAGAAGAAGACAGGUACCGCAGCUCCAGAUUUGCAUUACAAGCUCAGCUAAACAGAAAUGAGCAAUGCAUGUUGGGAGAUCGUCCCUCAGAAUCAGUCACUCCUACAGACCUGCAGAAACGACUGAGAGAAUUAAAGUCUCUGUGGGAUGAGACAGAGUCUUUGUGGAAGGAGUAUGAAACACUGUGUAUGCAAUGUGUUCAGUACAACGAACGAUCUGUUGAGCAGGACCGUAUGGAGCUCACUGUCAGAUGGAGAGAGCAGAGGUCACAGUUACAGGGCAGGGUGGAUUCACUGGGAGCAGCACUUGAGCUCAUGGACUCUAUUACGCUGAAGAUCUCUGAGAUUUCUGAAAGGCUGGAAAAGUUCAUCAAAGAGCCCAAAGACAUUAAAGGCUAUACACUAGCUAACCCUGCUAUUUUAAAAGAUGUGAAGGACUUAGAUGAAAGUAUCCAGACAGAGAUGGAUCGUCUGUCUCGAUUUGACUCUGAACCCAGUCAUCUGGACCUGCGAGACCGAUCACCUCUGACUCAGGUGGUUCUGAACCACAGAUCCAGCCUGGACCGGCUCAGGCAACAGGUGCGCAAGAGCGACGCUGCUGCCCGUGCCCUCGAUCGUUUCCUCAUGUCCCUGCGCACCGUGGAGCUCGAUGUCUCUUCUGUGCAGAGCGCCCCUAGCAAUGAUCAUGUGGUACUGCAGGACAGCAGGUCUAAGCUGGCAUUAAUCAGGAAGGGAGUAAGUAGCCUUAAGGAUAAGGCUCCACAGCUGGACCAGCUUUUGGGCGGAGCACAGCUCGAGGUGACCCAAGACGGGAGCCCUGUUUCCUGUCUGGAUAUGGUGGGGGUCCUGGUUCACAGGGUGGAAGAGGCAGAUGAUCGUCUGAUGAUUCGACAGAAUGAGCUCCAGAAGGAACAGCAGAACCAGGGACUCGGCCUAAGGAGGAAGACUAUGCAGGCUGAGCUGAGGAAGGUGCAGAUGGCAGCAGAAAAACAAGGUCUAAAGGAUCCCACCAUGCCAGCUGUACAGCACCGGAUUCGAGCGCUGUCUGAUCUGGAAUCGCAGUUGAACUCUCUUCGCCCUGAAUACCAAAGCAUCAAGAAGGCUCUGUCUGAAGUCUCUCCACGGAAAGAGCACUCUGAUCCAGCUAACGAAGAGCUGGACUUCCUUUGGGAAGAGACUGAGAGAGCUAUAUCUGACAGACAAGAACAGUGCACUGUUCUUAUGGACCUGCUGAAGAAGUUUCAGAACUGUCGCAGUUACCUGAGCAACACUCUCCAGAGGGCGGAGCAAACAAUCAAUGAGCAGGCAUCAUACAUGGGCAAAGACAACCUGCAACGCCUCCUAGCAAAGGUUGUUGGCAUAAAGGAGGAUCUUAAUGGCCUUGGACCCAAGAUGGAGGAGUUCAGAUCUGUGUGCAGACAGUUGCAGUCUAAGCUGAAGAAAAUUCCUGAUUGCUCAGAAACUCCGUUUGAGACAGAGGCAGAUGCUUUGGUGGACUCAUGGCUGGAUGUGUCAGAGAAGACAGACAGUUACAUGGAUAACCUGCGUGUAGGCCUGGAGUUGUGGGAGAAACAACUGGUUCUGGGUGGAGAAGUGGACAGCUGGACUUCAACUAAACUUAUCGUCUUCUCAGAGUCUCACCCUUUCAGCAGUGAGACAGAGGUUCUCAGCAUGAAGAAUGAGAUUCAGUAUCAGGAGGACAACAUUGAACACUUCCACAAGAAGUUACUAGAGAUUCAGGAACUGCUGCAGAGCAAAGAAUCUCCACUUGAGUUACAGGUAAUGGAAACAAACCUGAGGAAGAAAAUGGAGCAGGUGAAAGAACUCUUCUCUGACUGCACUGACGUGUUCCAGGAGCUCCUCACAGUUAAAGCUCAUUUGACUGAAAAGAUUGACACUUAUCAAUCAUCUGUGAACAAUAUUCGCUCCUCAGUAGAUAUGAUCAGUUCAGAGGAUCGCACACAGCUGGCUGCGCAUUUACAGGACUUGUGUGAGCAGCUUUUGGACCAGGAGGAGCAGGCUGAAUCAUUGCUGAAAGAAAUAAAUCUUAUGUCCAGCAUUACUGGACCACAGGCCUUGGAGGAGCUGACCAAUCACAGCAAGCAUCUCAAAGACAGCAUUGCAGAAACACGAGAGCUGAUUCGUCAAAAGAAGGAACAAGGAGAGAAAAGCUUCCUUCAGACUAUUAAAGAAGAGUUCCAGUCAUUUGAGGAAUGGUUGCAGGAUGAGCAGCUCUCUGUAAAUGAGUGUUUUGAGAACCCUGAGAGGAAGCAGGAUGUAGAAAUAUCCAUGCAGAGACUGACAAGUUUCCUGGCCUCUAAAGAAGGAGAACAGCGUCUGGCCCAGUUGAAGGAGAGAUUUGAGAGAGGUGGACAGGCAAAGAUUCCUUCUGAGGCUCAAGCUUUGCUCUCCACAUGGCAUCAGGAACAGGAAGGAGAACUGGCCACACUCAGGGCUCACUGCCAGGGACGCCAUAAACAGCUAGAAGACAUCCUCCAAAACCUCAACAGUUUGCAAGUGGAACAUAACCAUUUGAAGGACUGGCUUCAGCACAGGGAACAAGUGCCAGAACAGAGACAAAAGCUUCGACAAAUACAAGAGGAGUUUCUUAAAGAAAGUGGUCGUAUGGAGGCAUUCAAUGACCUGUUAUCCACUGUAAGGAUGCGUGGCCUGAGGGGAGACCCUUUCCUUAGAGACAGUGAGACCCUGAUAGACCGGUACCACAGCCUGGGGAUUCUUUUGGAGAAUCAGGCCCAAGUCCACAAGACCCUCGAUGAACAAACUGAAACAUUACAAACCAAUGCAGAGCAGAUCAGAGCCUGGAUCAGAGAUUUAAAGCAAGGACUUGAGUGCAUGGGCACAGACACGCCAAGCCAAAAGAAACAAAUGAAGGCUCAGGCUGUUCUGAAUCUAAGUGCUGAAGGUGAUUCUAAACUGGAGGCUCUGAAAGAAGAGGGAGAUGCUUUAUGUGCUCAUGAGAUUUUGGAGGACACCAGAAGACAGGAGCUCGUUCACAACUUUAGAAACAUUGAAGAUGAGUGGAAAAGAGUUCUGGAUAUGGCUCAACAACUAAAACAUCAGGCAGAACUCCAAGACACUCUCUCCCGGGAACUAAAAGAUCUACAGGCCCAGGAAGAAAGCACACAAUCCUGGGUAAGAGAACAACUGCAAAUGCUACACUGUCUGGGGAAGGAACUUCAGCCACAAGAAAAACUAAUCAAAGUACAGGCUGUCUUAGACCUUGCUGAUGAAGCAGAUUCCAGACUGGCCAGUUUACAGAGCCAAGGAAAAAUUGUAUGUUCUUAUAAAGAGCUUGACAAUGAGAGGAGGAGCCACAUUGACCAAACCCAGAGAUUGACAGAGGAGGAGUGGAGGAAAGUGCUACAACUUGCCAAAGAGCUCAAGAACAAGGUCAAGCUUGAGGAAUCUCUCUACAUAUUGUUACAAACCUUCUGUGAUCAGGAUGAGGACACUCGAUCCUGGAUUAGACAGCUCAGAGACAUCCUGGAUUCCCUUCAUGUGACAUCUUCCAUUCAAGAGAGGCUUAAUGGAGUUGAGGCAGUACUAGCUCAUAAAUCUGAGGGGGACUGUAAACUUGCUGACUUAAAGGCGAAGGGAGAGAGUCUAUGUUCCUAUGAAGAUCUAGAAGAGGAUAAAUUUCAGACAAUCCAACAGACAUUACAAGAUUUACAGCGAGAGUGGACGGGAGUUUUGAUGGAUGCUCAAGAGCUGAAAAACCAAGCAGAAUUUGAGGAUUCUCUUUCUAAGGACCUUCAGGAUCUUCAGGAACAGGAGGAGAACACUCAAUCUUGGAUCAAAGAGCAGCAUCUGAAGAUUGAAUUGCUAGGUGAAGAUACUCAGUUACAAGAGAGAAUGAAUGGUGCUCAGGCAAUCCUGAACUCAGAAUCAGAGGGAGAUUAUAAACUUGCCACCCUGAGGAGGAAAGCAGAGGGUUUGUGCUCCCGAGAAGGCCUGGAGGAGAAGAGAAAACAGGAAAUCCAACUGAACCUAAGAUCCAUUGAAGAUGAAUUGAAGAAUGUCCUGGCAAGAGCUCAGGAACUAAAGAACCAGGCUGAGCUCCAGGAUUCUCUUGCAAGGGAGCUUCAGAAUGUAUAUUCCCAGGAAGAGAUCACCUGGUCCUGGGUGAAGAACCAGAAAGAUGGCCUGGACUCACUGGGGAAAAGCACUCAUGGUACACAGGACCAGAUUGAGGAGAGACUAAGCAAAGCACAAGCAAUUCUAAGUCUUCACUCUGAGGGCAACUCUAAGAUUGCAGACCUGAAAAGGUCAGUAGAACAUCUAUAUACCCGUGAAGAUCUUGAUGAAGACACAAGACAUUCUCUCAUUGAGAAAAUGAAAAAUGUAGAGGAGGAGUGGAAGGCAACACUGCAGCAAGCACAGGAUCUGCAUAGUCUGCUGAAAAGUGUAGUGGAACGCCUAGUGUCCUGUCAGUGUCAGAAGGAGCAGCUUCAGUCUCGUCUGGAGCAGGUGAAACAACAGACAGCUGCAUUGCCACACCACUUCCCCUGGCCUGGUUUAGGGGAUCGAAGGCACACAGUGGAGCAGGCCAAGAGUUUGCUAGACCGUACCAGAGCCCUGACCCCAUCUCUGUCUGCUGUCCGAGCGCUCGGCAGGGAAAUGAGCCAGCUGACCCGUGAUUCCAGCUGGAUCGAUCCAUCCUGGGCCACCAUGGAGGAGUGCAUACCUGAGUUAAUCAAAGAAAUUAUAGAGUUUUGUGUAAAUCUUGAAGAGGAAAUCCGGAGAGAGCGAGUUUGUGCUCAGCUAGUUGAGCAGCACACCGUAGCUCAGGAUUGGCUGAGAGAGCAGGUCAAAGGUUUCGGAGCCCUGCCCACUGAACGCCAAGAGUUACAAGGCUCUAUUAACACUCUUAAGGCACUUCUUCAGACCGUAGACAGGGAGAAGAGAGAAAUGAAAGAACUGGAUGCCGUUAAAGAUUCUCUGAUGGACCUUUGCACUCCAGGGGGUUGUGAUGCACUGACCUUAGAGGUCAGCCAUCUUCAUGACCUCUGCGUGUCCUCGGAAAAGGAGAUGAGGGAACGGUUAGCUGUGUGUGAGGCCAGAUUGAGUGAUAUUGACCUCAGGCUUGCUGGAAGGGCACAGAUUCUGAGGGAGCAGGCAGAGAGCCUCCUGGUUGAGCUCCGUGCUCAGGACCACUCUUUAGGAUUUCUAGUGGAUAGCCAGAAUAUCAGCCAGCUUCAGGAGAACUGGCAUAGCUUCAAGACAUGUGAGAGAGACCUUGAGGCUUUAGAGGGCAAAGUUUGUGAUCUUGGUCAGGCCCUCCGAAUGGUCCCACCUGACGAGGAGCCCCCUAGUGAUGUCAUUUCCAUAGUGGACGCAGUUACACAACAAUAUUGCAGUCUGCGAUCGAAACUGUCGGAAAGGCAGAAUGACUGUGCAGACAGCACCGUGCAGUGUGUGAGACAGGCCUUACAAAACAUACAGUCAUGGAACCAGAUGACACAUGCAAAUCCUCCCUGCAGCUCAGCCUCAUCCAUGCAGGCUGCAAUUGAGGAAGGUGCUAAACUGCGUAAAAGCCUGCAGGUGGCGCUGUCCCAUAAAGAACUGCUGAGGGACUGUCUAGGCCCUGAUUUGGCUGGCAAACUUGAAAGAGACGGACUGAAAACUCUAAAUGAGGCAGACACUCACAUGCAUGACCUAAAACAGGAUCUUAAGAAUCUUGAAGAGAAGGUGAAGCAGGAAGCUCAGAGGUUAUCACUAGAGGCUCAAAGCAUUCAGUUAGACUCACAGGUUUCCACUGUAACACCAUUGACGAAGGAGUCUGAACAGUUGGAAUUUGUUUCUACCUCAUCCUUGAUCACUGAGAGCUGCAAAAUGAUGGAUAACAGUGAACAGGCUAAGGAUCAAGAUGUGGAUAUUUCUCCACAAGUUGGUCCCACCACUGAAAUCUCUGAGAGUCCAGCAGAGGAAGAGGAAGAGGAAGAGCCAAAGGGACCCACAAUGAAGGAUAUCUUCAUGGAGAUCAAAAAUAUGACUGAAAAAGCACCAAAAAGUGUACUCAUUGAGGGUAUACCACAUGAAAGUACAGUGAAACUUCUUGACACGUCCAGCACUGAUCUUGAAGCUCAGUUAAAAAGACUAGUGUUCCAUUUACUGGACCUUCGAACUUGCCCAGCUGCUCUGAACUCUGCAGACAUGGCCAAACAAUUAGAGGAGGCUGAGGAAUGUAGAAGGUGUGCCCAGAGACAGGUAUCUAUGAUGUCUAGGCAAGACCAGGCUAAUGGAGACAUUGGCACUGACACUAAUGGCACAGUUCAUGACCCCGAGGGCAUGCAACAGCUAAGCGCCCAAUGGAGUGCAGUUUUGUGGGAUGCAGCAAGCUCUGUUCACUCCAAGGAAGCACAAUUACAGAUGGUUACAGAUUUUGACAGACAGACCCAGAAAGUCAAAGCUACUCUGGAGAGACUCAAAACUGAGCGUGAGGCACUAAGAACAUCUCCAGCCGUGAGCAGUUUUGCUGAGGAGGAGAGGCUGCGCUCUUUCUUGAGAAACAUGGAGCAGGAAAGGACAGCUCUCGGUGAGCUAAUUCAAACUUGUGCAAAAUUGUCCCCCCACCUCAGUCUCCCUGAGAGACAAGCAGCGGAAAUACAGCAAAACAACUUGCAAAGCCAGUGGAGGGCCCUGGAGAAGGAUGCAGAGCUUGCUCUUUACAUGGUUAAUGCUUAUGCUAAAGAAAGUGGCAGCCUUCUUCAAGAGGUUGGUGCCUUAAAAGACCAUCUCGAGAACAUUCAGAAAACCUUGGAUGCAUCGAAAUCCUCACCAGUUUUAUGGGAUGGCAAGAGAGCUCAAGAAAUUAUGAAAAUAAAUGCUGAUCUCACUUCUACCCAUCAGCAGUACCUCUACCUUCAGCAGACAUCUGAGGCACUUGCCCAGGAAUUCCAAUUCAAGGCAGAGACGUCCAGCAUAGAGCAGGAGCUUCAGCAUAUCAAAGAUCUGCUGGAUCAAAUGGGCGAACAGUUAGCAGCUGCAACCCCCAGCAGCAGCAACCCAAUGUUAAGUAAAAUUGUAAAAGUAAUGACAGAUGCUCUAGCUUGGGCCAAGCAGACAGAAUUUGAUAUCAAAGGACGACAGAAAAAGGUGUCUCUGCUUCCAGAAGAGGUCCAUAGACAGAUUAAAGAUUUAAAGAAAUUGCAGUCAGAGAUGAGCUCCAAGCAAACCCAGUUAAAGUCUUUGGUUGAGGAAGUCAAUGAGCUGAUUCAUGACCUAGAUGAAGCUGAUGUUUCAAUGGUGACUUCAUCCUUGAAGGCCCUAGAGAAUUUGUCCAAAUCAACGGCAGGAAAACUGGCCAAGGCAGUUCACGAGAUGGAGUCAGGGCUUCAAACCCGGGAGAAGAUGUCAGAGCAGAUAGCAGAUGUUGAUUCCUGGGUGGUUGGACAUCUCCAGAGAGAAGCUUUGAGGAGAGAGGAUUAUCAAAGUUUGAGUCCGGCAGACUUGGAUCGCAGGUUGAGGCAGAUCCAGGACACUCUUGGAGAGGCAGAAAAGCAGUCCGCUGUCACGGAAGCCCUUCUGAUGAAAAGCAGAGACAUUGCAUCAGAGCUAAGUGUCUCAGAGAGUGCUCAGCUCAAUGGGAAACUCACCAACCUUCAAGAGGACAUAAAAGGUAUUGUUAUCUAUGAGAAAGCAUGUUGCCAGAAAGUUAUGAAUGUCAUACAGAGCCAAGAAUCCUCUCAGAGGAAGGUAUCAUCUCUUGAGAACAGCCUGAGACAAAUGUUAGUUGAUUUAAAAAGACACAGGUUUCCUGUUACCAAGGAUACACUCUCUGUUAUCGAACCCUUUAAACAGAUGAUUGUGGAGCGCAAAUCUCAGGUUGAACAAGUCAGUCACUGUGCAGAGGACAAGAGAAGAGAGCUAUUAUGUGUUAUCACUGAACUGCACCACAAAAUGAUUGAUUUGGAUCUCAAAGCACAAGCUCAUGAAAGGUACUUGAGCCUCAGUCAGUGCAUUGAAAAACUAAAGGAAGAAAUGGAGGCACAGAUUCCAAGGACCAAAGAUGAGAGCAUCAACAAAGAGGAACGCUACAGAGCCUGUCAAAACAUACUGAUCCAAAUCUCUUUAAUAAAACUCUUGUGUGAGGAAACAAGAGUUGAACUCCAGGAAAUCAUAGCAGAUCUUUAUCCAUCUCAGAUUGCUGCUGAACAAACAAGACUCAGUCAAAUCUUGGAGAGUCUCCACACCUCAGAAUUGACAGUGAACAAUAAUCUUCAGAUACUGGAAUGGGAUCUGCUGAAACAUAUUCACUACCCAUCAGAAAAGAGAGUACUUAAGCAGUUCCUCAAAGACACCAAUGAGGAGCUAGAAAAGUCUUGUAAUAUUGAACCAAAAGAAGGAGUCAUUGAAAAACAACUAAGAAAGUGCCUUGUGCUCAGAAAGACUGUAGAAUCUAGAUUGCGAGUGCUUGCGUUUCUUGAAAAAAAGAUUGGGGCUCAACCUCCACAGGACUCCAAACAGCUUACUUGCUUGAAGGAUAUGGUUUUGGAAAGGUGUGAUCAACAAAUGGUGAGUUUAACUAAAGCCAAAGAACUGUUGAGGAACUACACCAAGGCAGUGAACGAUACCAUUCGGUUCCUGCAAAGAGCUGCGUUGGUCCUUCUUCCCUCAAUCUGCUCUGCUAGAAGCUGCUCAGAAAGACUCAAAGUCACACAGCAGGCUUUAUUGACACUAGACACAGAAUUCCAGUCACAUAUUUCACAGCUCCAAACUCAAACCCCACAGCAUCCCUGCUUCAAUCCACAGCAAACUGAAUUUCUACACAUAGAGGUUCUUGGCGAGCUCCUGGUCAGGCUAUCAACCCUCAAGGCCCAGGCCCAAAUACAACUAGAAUCUCUUAAGAGGUGUGUUGAGUGCCAGAAACAUUCUCGUAAAUGCUAUGAGGAGCUUUGCCAGCAAGUGAGAGACACGGAAACAUUGCUAUCACAAUGUGCUUCCAGAAAAAUUACCUCACACAAAGACUGCAAAGACCAGCAACUGAAACUCAAGGCUCUAGUGGAAGAUGUUGCAUUGCUUCUUGGAAAAUUGGAAAAUCUGAGGGAGUGGUGUUCAUUGUAUGGAUGCAGAGCCAACAGGGAGGAUGCAGUGAGUGACGUCUGGGUGCAGGUGGAAAGAUUGCAACGCUGUGCCAAUGAUCUGCAGACACGCUCAGAACAAAUGGAAGCAGAGUGGAGCAGUGUCACAAGGAGUGUGGAGCAGGCAGCCAGUGUGUUGGAGCAGAUGGAUGCGGAACUUCCAGACAGCAGCAGAAAGAAUCUGACUGGUGACGAGCUGCAGGAACUGCUGCUAUUCUGUUCCCAGUACCAAGACAGACUGGACUGCGAACACAGAGCUCUUUCUGCAUUGGAAUUAAGAGUUGCGAGGUUGCUUGGUGUUCCCCCCCACCUGGAACAGGCCCCGCCCAUCGAGCUGUGCCAAAAGCUUCAAGCCCUGCAGGAGCGUUACCAUAGUCUGAAGGAGCGGAGCACUCAGGGUCAGAGGGCAGUAAGAACAGAGGUGGAGGAAAGGGGACGAGUGCAGGAGCAGCUGGAGGGAGUCAGAGAAUGGCUGGAAUCUGCCAUCUCUCUCCUCUCUGUACUCGAGCACGAACCCAGCAAGAAACAGCUACAGGAGGUUCACUCACAGCUGUGUACCCAAAAGGCCGUUCUGCAGCGUAUUUCAGAAAGCUUGAAGAUGAUGUACUCUGACAAAAACACACCGAUUCCUGAAGAGAUAGAGGGACUGUUACAGGAAGUCUCACAGUCAUUACAAGAGGUGGAGGAGCAGGUGAAGACAGCUGUGGAGAAAAGUGGCCCACUUCACAGGCUAGGUGCUAAAAUCUCAGAGAUUAAAGCAGGUCUGGGAUCAGUUCAGAGCUGGUUAGAGCAGAAGAGCCUGAACUUCAAUGAAGCUGAGAGCACACAGAAGCGAGUCUGGGACGAGCUGGACAUUUUACACACACGUUUGACGGCAGUCGAGGUGGAGCUACAGGACGUGACUGAAAUGCAUCCGGACGAGACCCGUCUGAUUCUGGACAACCUGGCCAACACUCAGCAGACCCACACACGCCUCAACAAACAGGCUGAACAGAGAACCACAUUCCUCAGCAAGGUCCGUGACUGGCUGCAGGAGCAUGAAGAGAUGGUGAAGGGGUCACAGAGCUGGAUCUCCGAGGCUCAGUCCUGGCUUACGACACCCUGCACAUACACCACUGCCAGAUGCCUUGACAGUCAUGUGAGCGCACUGCAGAUGGUUCUGGAUGAUUCUGCUCAGAUGAGACGGACUCUACAGGGUUUCAGCAGUGUGCUGACAGAGAUGGGAAGUGUGUUUGAUGUCAGUCCUUUAGAGGAGCAGCUCUCAAAUGCUGAUCGACGUGUGGCAGACAUGCAGCACAGCCUGCUGGGACCCCUCUCUCAGCUGGAGCACGCAGCAGCAGAAGUGGAUGCCAUUGAGUCAGAGGUGAAGGUCAUGGAGAAAGAUGUAGCCAAAAUUAAAUGUACUCUGACUACCAAAGAAGACAUCAGCCAAGACAAUCUUAAGGCAACAGAAGACAGGAUUGACCUGAUGAAAAGGACAGUAGCUGAGAUCCAGAACUGUAAGGAUGGUCUGUGUCUUCCUGACAACUCUGAAAACACACUCCUAGUGUUUAAAAGAGCAGAAGUACUACAGAAACAGCUGCUGGAACUAGAGCAGCUGGCUCUAGAAUACUCAAUUGAGGUGCAGGAUAUAUCUGCCCCGCCCCUCGGUGUCCCGCCCACUAUCACUGAGGAAGAGACACAGGAGAGCGGUCAGAUUCAGAUUGCACAUGUAGAGGAGGAUGUGUUGAGAAAAUCAGGAGCAACGCUAAUGACGGUGGAGCAAUCCACACCAGAGCAGAGACUCACCUGGAUCUGUGAGAGGAGCAGCCACACCCCCACAGAAACACAGCAGGAGCCUGAGGAAGAGGAGGAGCUCUUUGAGGAUGUAGGAGACUGGGAAGAAGAGGCUUCUGAUGCAAAAAAAGAAGAAUAUGAAGUCCAAAUAGAAAAUGAGGAUGAGGAGGCAAGACGAAUGUUGCCCACCUCUCUCAAUUCUGAGCCUUCCUCCUGCGUGACCAUGGAGGACUCUGUUUCUGCAGACGAUGUUUCCUCUAGAGAACAGAUUUUGGAGCAAGCAGAAGCAACAGACUCUAAGGUAGAAACAGAUACAUCUGUGGCCUCGGGAACAGGUGUGUCAGAAGCUUUAUCUGAAGCGGAUGCCACAGUGGAAAGCCAGUCUCUCCCUGCAGACAUGGAGCAGGGUGCAUGGAGGGGGGAACAGACGCCACACACCAGUGACACACUCACACUCAUGACCCUCUCAGAAAACACACACACAAAUCCAGAGUCAAAAGCCCCUCCCAAAGAAACAGAAGACAUGUUGACCUCACCUAAUGUCAUGACCUCUGGUGAAGGGGUGGGCGGGGUUUUAGAAAAACUUGUGGGAGUCUUAGAAAUGCAUUCCACACCCAGUCAACAGACCCAUUUAGAUGAGACCCCCUAUGUGCUUCAGAGCCUGGGCUCCACAAAUACACCAGAGCACCAUACACACACUCCGUCAGAUGUAGUAGACCACAGUUUAGACAGCAGAAGCACAUAUGAUACACACACGCUGAUCACAGUCAAACCCCACCUGGAGAAGACAGAGCUAUUGGCUGCAAGCACAUCUUUGGCCGCAGGUGAAGCCAGGUACUCGGGUGGAUGGUUGUCCAGUGACGGGCUGCUCCAUGCCUGCCGCGAGAGGGCCGAGCAGCUGGAGGUGUGCCUGGAGAGAGCACAGGUCAGCCUGGACGGGUCGAGACAGCAAGCACAGGACGUAGCUAUGCAGGACAGCAUUGAGCAUCAACUUCACACCUGCCAGACCAUUCUGGUGGAGAUUGAGCAGAGGAUCUCCAGUCUUCCUGCGUGUGAACUGAAAGAACAGGAGCAACACGAGGCUGAAUUGCUCAACAUCAAACUCCAGCUGCUGAAGAACAGACUGGUGACUGUGCAAUUACAGCUGCAAGACAGACAGAGCGAAGAUCAGGUGUGUGUUGAGAGUCCGCGCCCCCUGCAGGCCAGGUUGACUCGCAGCAAUAGUGUGCAAGAGAUGUUGAGUUCCUCCAGAAUGAAACUGUUCAGACAGAGCAGCCUUCAACAACAAAGGGAAUUGGAGCAUGGUUUGAAUGAACAGAGGGAUCUAACUAAAGCUAUUGCAAUUCAGUGCAGCAGAGCCCGAACACACAACCAGAGCACAGAUGAAUAUACAGGGCCUUCGGCAGCAAAAGAGAAUGAAGACAAGAGACAGGAAGUAGAGUUAGCAGUCCACAGAAAGUGGACACACCUCUGCAGCAAACUGACCAAGACAGCAGAGAGUGAACAAGAUGGAGAUAAAGAUCAGGAUCCUUCUGAGAUCCUUGCUCCAUCUGUGUGUUUGUGGAGUGGAGCUGCUGUUUCGCUCUGUCUGCAAGAGAUUCAAUCCAACAUCUCACAAAUUAAAGAACUGCAAAACUCAGCAGUUACAAAGGACCAUCAGUCUCUGGAUGAAGGUCUGUUUGAAGUUUUGAGUGGGGUGAAUCUCACACUCGGCUCUCUCACACACGCUCUCGUGUUUCAGCCAGCAACCUCACACACUGACAGACUAAACCAGCUGCAGCAGCUACAGAAUUUAUCUGCAGAGCUAAACUCCUUGGGUGCCAUAUUGACCUCCCAGGGGUCAGAGGUCAUAAAGUUGUUAGGUUCGGGUUCAAAGGUAUCCUCCACCUGUUUUGACCUGCUGACACACCGAGUAUGUGACAUUCAAAAGGCUCUGGCCGGAAAACAGGAGCAGCUACAGGAGCGAAUAAAACACUCGACUCAGCUGCAGAAGAGAGUGAAAGACCUGCAUGACUCAGUACUAACUAACACGUCGAUCCUUCUCCCUACAACUAACGGAGAAACCCACCAUGACCUUCACACACAGCUGCAGGCCAUCACUGGGCAGAAACAGGAAGUGGAGCAGAACGAGAGAGAGCUGGCAGAAGUCAGAGACGAGACAAAGAGUCAGGAUCAGCCCCCAUCCCUCACACAGCAGAUCAGCACACUGGAGGCGGUUUUGGACAGUGUUUGGAGUGAUCUAGAGCAACGCUGUGGAGCUGUUCAAUGGAGUCUCGAUCAGCAGCAGAUAAUCGAAAAAAUACUGAAGGGUCUGCAGAUGCUCCUGAAUCUUGGGAGAGAGAAACUCGCCUGUACCUCUCAGCUGGAGUUCAAGAAUCCAGCACAACUCCAGACACACCUCAGCACACACACGGUGUUUUUCCGGUCUCUGGCUGCCCACCUGCGGACACUGCAGCAACUGAGUGUGCGGAUCCCAGACAGCGCCUCCUCUGGCUGGGAGAAUGAAGUGUCUGAGGUGGAAUGUCAAGUGUCCAGUGUCCUGCAGCAGGCUCAGGCUGUUGGCACAGUACUGCACUCUGCACUGCAGGUUUGUACUCAUUGGGAUGAAAAUCAUUCCUGGUUAGAAACGCUGCUGAGAAGGUUGGAGACUCAACUUCCCAUAACUCCUCUGUGGGACCAAACUGAGGGGCAGCUCAGUGAGAAUAUUUCUGUGUAUCAGAGUAUGUUGGCGGUUCUGGAGCAGAACAGAGCUCGUAUCAGUCUGGUUCUGGAUGAGGGCCGUAGACAGCAGGAGCAGAUGUCUAGUAGUGAAGUGGGUGUUCCUGUACACAUAUUGGGUGUGUCUACAACAAGGCUGGAACAGCGAUUGGCUGCACUUAAGAGGAGGGUGGAGCAAGGACUAGACUCCACCCACCAUCUUAAGAAGCUUUGGAACAGGUACCAUAGUGAUUUUGAGGCUUUUAAUGAGUGGAAAGAACCAGCAAGAGAACGCCUGCAUACAUGGAGAGAUCACAUGAACGCAGCUGAUCAGGAAGUGGACACCCUCUCCCAGUUUCAUCAUUUCAUAGAGUUCAAUAAGGAGCUAGAGGUGAAAUCUGCUCUAAAGGCAUCAGUGAUCAGCUCUGGAUCUUUGAUCCUGUUGCUCAGUGAAAGAGAGCAUAUCAUUAAAACACAGAAGAUCAGCAGAAGCUCUAGUGCUCCAAGAACAUCCACUCCAACAAAUACAACAAUCCCUGAAGACCUAGAGCCAAGUGAAACUAGCAAUCUCACCUCUAACAACCCUGAAGACUCCUCAUCUGUAGAUGUCAUCUUUCCAAACAUCUCCUCAGAAGAAACUCUUUCAACCACAGAGAGAUCAGAUGCAAACAUCACAAAUGAAUUUGUUAUCUCUGAGGAACCAACAUCAGCUGCACUUGAUUUGUCUGUAAAACAAGAAAUGGUUCUGUCCCCGGUUCUUCUGACUCUACAGUCCCAGCUGUCUCAGGUGGAGCAAGACUGGGUGGAGAUACAGACACACAUACCCGCCGUCCAACAGAGACUGCAUCAGAGUGUGAUGGAGAGCCUGUCUCCUGAAGGACUGCUGGCUGAUGUGUGUGGCUGGAUUACAGGUGCUGAGAGCAGGUUACAGGCGGCUGAACGAGAGGGUCACAACACCUGUACUGCCGCAGAGCUCACACACCUGCUCAGAACAUAUCAGGGGAUGAAGAGAGAGAUGGCCUGUCAGCAGAUGUCUGUUGACUUUAUUAAUCAGUGUGAGCUGAAGCAGGUCGGUUUUGACGCUCACACCAGCAGGUACAAACACACUGCAUUUGCUGAAAGCCUGGGACAUGUCAAUCUGCGCUGGCUUACUCUACAGGCUCACCUGAACAUACAGAUUCGACAUGUUGAAGAACAGGUGAGGAUAAGUGCAGAGCGAGAUAACAAACUGCACCUUCUGCAGCGCUGGAUCAAAGGUCAGAAACAAUGGAUGCGAUUCGCUGAAAGACCAAUCAGUCGCUUGUUUGCUGAGAGGAGCCUGAAGGAAUGUGAAGAAUUGGAGGAAAAGUUGAAGGCCAAAUUCACUGAACUUACUGAGCUGGGAAAGAGGAGACUUACCACUGAUGAAGAGGAGAGGGAUAAAGACUUCCUCUCAAAAGCUCAAAAUCUCUCACAGUCUUUGACAGACCUCUCUCAACAGAGUAAAGUCCUUGGAAAUACCCUGAGGGAGCUGUGUAAGGUGUGGUCUCAGUUUGAAAGUGGGAGGAGCCAGGCAAUUGUAAACACAAUAAGGAUCUGCCAAUCACUAGAGUAUUACCACGCCCCUUUGCUCUCCCUCUCCGCCCUCCAGAACAAUAUGGAUAAGCUACAGGUCUUAAAAGCUGAGACUGAGGAGUGUGACAGGCAGUGGGAGGAUCUUAACAAGACAACAUCAAUCCUUAUUGGUGGAAUUAGCACAAACUCUGCCCAGAUUUUAUCUGAGCACCUAGACAAAGAAAAAGCAAGGUGGUCAGAGGUGAAGGAAAAGGUCAUACAAACCUUGAAGAGGUCACACAGUCUUCUGAAGGUGUGGCAGAGAUACUCUGAUGUGAGAUGCACCUGCUCAGAGCAGCUCCGACGUCACAGAGAGCAGCUUGCCAUGCACAACAAAACACCCGCUGAAAAUAAACAACUCACACACAGCAUCGCAGAGCUGAAGACUAUGUUACAGAAAGGUUCAGAGACUCUGCAGACUGAUGUGAAUGAAAUGCUUGAAGCUUCUAAAGAUCUGAUUGAACAGGUGGAUGAUGAAGAUGCUGUUUUCAUCAGAUCAGAAUGUCGUUUGUUAACACGAGGUUACCUGCAGUUAGAGCAGACUCUGAAAGGACGAAUUGAACACAUGCAGGAGGAUCUUGAGCAAUUUCAGGAAUUUGAAAGGUUAUACCAGUCCCUCGAAACACAAUUACAACAGUGGGAAAGCAAGCAAAGGAUGGACAGCGAACACACAGAUAUAUCUCAGUCGGGUCUGAUGGAGAUCAGUUCUCUCUCUCCUGAUCUGGAUCUACUAAACACACUCAGCUACAGGUUGACCCUCAGUGACUCUGUGACACAGAAGCUACAGCACCUCAACAGGAAGUGGGCACAGGCCUCCGCACAUGCCCAGGAGAAGUGCAGUGAGUUGCAGGCAGCCUCUCUCCAUCAACAGAGCUUUGAGCAGAGAUGUGAGAGCUGGCUGGCUUUCCUACAGCGCAUGGAGGACAGUUUAGCUGUAGAAAUUGCAUCAACAUACCCUGGACUAAGAGAGCAGCAACGCACGCACCAGUGUUUUCAGGCUGAGUUGUCUUUAGGCCAUCAGAUCCUUCACUCUGUGAUCAGUGAAUCUCUCCUUCUGUUGCAGAAGGGAGAUGUAGAGGACAGGAGCGACUUCCUGUUAAAACUGGCACAGCUGAGAGAGCACUGGCAGGGGGCGGUGCAGAGAGCAGCUCAACGGCGCGCUCUAGUGGAAGGGCUCAUACAGCACUGGCACCUUUAUACACACACAAUGCAGAAACUCCGCAAACUUCUCACACUCACACACACACUCCUGUCGCCUACUGGUCCCACGCACUGUAGUGUCCUGCAGCUGCGCCUCUUGCUGGAUGAUCUGAAGCGAACAGAGCUGUUGUUUCAGAGGUCAAUCUCUGCGUAUCUGUGUGUGAUGGAGGUAGGCAGGCAGCUGUUCUCAGUGAGUGACACGCAGACGCAGAUGCAGCUGCAGACAGACCUUGCAGCUCUGCAGGAGGACUGGGAGCAGUGCCAGUGCAUUCUGGGAAAGAGAAAGACCCUCACAUCUGACAUCAUAAAGAAGUGGGAGACCUGUGAGACCAGACUAGCUGAUCAGGCCCAGCGCCUAGAGGUACUACGAGCCAGACUAAAGCAGUCAAUCCCAGAUCAGCAGGAGGAGAUGGAAGAAGAACGCCUCCUCGUGAAGGAGGUUCAGGAUUGUUUAGAGGACUGGGCCGUCAGUCUUUCCGAGCUCAGCACCAUGAAGACGGACCUGUCCCAGUACAUCCUCACCGAUGACGUCCUCCUCCUGCAGGAGCAAGUGGACCAUCUGCACUGCCAGUGGGAAGAACUCUGCCUCAAAGUGUCUCUGCGUAAGCAGGAGAUUGCUGACCGGUUGAAUGCCUGGAUCAUUUUCAAUGAGAAGAAUCGGGAGCUGUGUGAAUGGCUGACACAGAUGGAAAACAAGGUGGCGCACAGCGCCGAGCUCAGCAUCGAGGAGAUGGUAGAGAAACUCAAGAAGGACUGCAUGGAGGAGAUCAACCUCUUCAGUGAGAAUAAGACACAUCUGAAACAGCUGGGAGAACAACUCAUCAAUGCUAGCAACAAGACCAAAGAGACAGAAAUCAAUGACAAGAUAAAGGACAUCAACGACCGCUGGCAGCAUCUGUUUGAUCACAUUGAGGCCAGGGUGAGGAAACUGAAGGAGACAUUGGUGACAGUGCAACAGCUGGAUAAGAAUAUGAGUAAUCUCCGUACCUGGCUUUCCCGAGUUGAGGGUGAGCUGGCCAAACCUAUCACCUACACCAUCUGCCACAGUGAUGAGAUACAGCGGAAACUAGCAGAGCAUCAGGACUUGCAGAAAGACAUUGAACAGCACACAGAGGGUGUGGCGUCUGUUCUGACCCUGUGUGAUGUUUUGCUCCAUGAUGCGGAUGCUUGUGGCAGCGAUGGAGAGAACGACUCCAUUCAGCAGACCACACUCAGCCUGGACCGCCGCUGGAGGAACAUAUGUGCCAUGUCCAUGGAAAGGAGGAUGAGGAUUGAGGAGACAUGGCGUCUGUGGUGCAAGUUCCUAGACGACUAUGCACGCUUUGAAGAGUGGCUGAAUACGGCAGAACGUACAGCGGCCAACCCCGCCACUAAAGACGUACUCUACACCUGUGCUAAAGAGGAACUCAAAAAGUUUGAGGCAUUCCAGCGUCAGGUCCAUGAGCGCCUAACACAGCUGGAGCUGGUGAAUAAACAAUACCGACGCCUGGCACGAGAGAAUCGGACAGACGGUGCCAGUAAGCUAAAGUUGAUGGUACAUGAGGGAAACCAGCGCUGGGAUAUGCUACAGAAGAGAGUUGCUGCUGUGCUCCGCAGGUUAAAGCAUUUCACAUCUCAGCGUGAAGACUUUGAAGGAACAAGGGAGGGGAUUCUGGUCUGGCUAACUGAGAUGGACCUUCAGCUCACUAAUGUGGAGCAUUUUUCAGAGAGCGAUAUUCAUGAAAAGAUGCGGCAACUAAAUGCAUUUCAGCAGGAGAUCACUCUAAACACAAAUAAGAUAGAUGCGCUGAUUGUGUUUGGAGAGAACCUGAUCCAGAAGAGUGCUCCGCUGGACGCUGUACUCAUCGAAGAUGAACUGGAGGAACUGCACUCCUACUGCCAGGAAGUGUUUGGCAGGGUCGCCCGAUUCCACUAUCGUCUUAUCAGCAGACGCCCGGUGCUUGAGGAGGACCGAGAGUUCUCAGACAGAGACACAGAUCCAGAGGACUCGGCUGAUUUCAGUGGGGUGUGGGAGAGGGAAAGGGAGGAAGAUGAGGCUGCUAUGGGCUCCGAUGUUUCACUGACGGUACGUCAAGCCGUGUCCCACCUGUUACCACCUGCUCUGGAGCGCUCAGGGCGUGAGACUCCCGUCAGUGUGGAUUCUAUUCCGCUGGAGUGGGACCACACCGUCGAUGUGGGAGGAUCUUCAUCUCCAGAGGAUGAUGAGGAGUUGACAUACUACAGUGCCCUAUCAGAUGUAGAAGUCACUGAGAGCUCUCAGUCAUUUGUUAAAGCUACAUCUAAAGCUCUGAAAGCUGUGUCCGGGGGAAGGUCAGUGGUGGAGACGUGGCACUCUCCUGAUGCUCCAGACAGGAAACGAGUGAACAGAGAGAUCAUACGCAGUCUCACAUCUUCACCCACUGACACCACUACACAGUACCACCCACAGGCCUAUGAUAAACUCAUGUCUGAGUGUGCUGGCAGUAUAGACUGUAUAAAGCGAGUGAAACUGAUUCUGAAUGAGGAAGAACAACUGGAGGAUCAUGGACUGACGGUCCUCUCUGCAGCAGAUAAGACUGGUGUGAUCGAGCGAUGGGAGAUCCUGCAGGUGCAGUCGUGUAGCGUGCCGCAGGAUCUUCAGCAGUGGCACAGACUGAACUCUGACCUCACCGAUGUCAUGGCAUGGCUGAAUGCUGUGAUGCCUGAGCUAGAGAAACUUCAAACUCUAGAGCCAAAAAUCACCAUUAGAGACAUGGAGAGCAAUAUCCACAAACUAAAGGACAUGCAAAGGACUUUUAACGGCUACAAAACAGUGAUGAUUGGCGUUAAUCUUAGUGGGCGGGGCUUCCAGCACGGAGACAGCACUGAACUACGAGAACUGCGUGAGAAUCUGCAGUUAGCCAAUCAGAAAUGGGCACAGGCCUGUGCGGCCCUGGACAGCUGGGAGCGCCGACUGCAUCAAGCUCUCAUGGAGUGUCAGGAGUUUCAUGAGACUCUUCACUCUCUGCUGCUGUGGUUAGCUAAAGCAGAAAGCCAGCGCUACAUGGUCAACAUCCAUGACACAAACACGGACCUCAAUAUCCUGGAAGAGCAUCAAGACACACUCAAGGCUGUUCAGCAGGACUUACAGUCUCGUGAGAGUGAGGUCAACUCCCUGCAGGAGAUCUCCUCACAGAUCCUACUACAGGACCAGGGAGAAGACACCCUGGAGGCCAAAGAGAAGGUUCACGUCAUCAGCAACAAGUUACGGCUGCUGAUCAGACAGAUCGCACACGACCUGCACACACUGCAGAGCAGACUGGACUCAUCGGGUCCAAGGACCGCAUCAACACAACACCAGGAAGCCGCAGGAGUUCAGGCUGUUACACGGGGAUCUCCCGCGAGUGGCAGGACUGAUAAGGCUGAUUUGUCCCCGGCGAGGCCGUUGCUGUAUCGUGUUCUGCGAGCGGCUUUUCCCCUCCACAUCCUCUUCCUGCUGCUGCUGGUUGUGGCGUGUCUGGUGCCCCUCUCAGAAGACGACUACAGCUGCACUCUCUCUAACAACUUUGCCCGAUCCUUUUACCCCAUGCUCCUCUACACCAACGGACCCCCGCCCACAUGAGCAUGAACACAUGUACCCUUCACUAACACACGGUUUCAGUAGGAUCAGUUGUGAUGUUGUCCACGCUUCCCGGUUAACUCUCCUGUAGCAGAACCUGUAGCUCUGUUUGAAGUGAGCGAAGUUUGGGUGCAAGUUUGGGCUUCAAUAUUCAAUACAUUUCAGAGCAACAGUCAAUUCUUGUUCCUGAAUCUGUUGCUCAAGGAGAGGGAUUUUUCUGAAGCCAUCCAGAACCUGUCUUCAGGAACCUUUCAUCAUGAUGUACAUUUGUAUUCUUGGAGAACACUUUAACGGAAAGGGUGCCUCGUUGAAGGUGCACUAUAAAUGGUUUCAAACUGUAUAGUAUGUAGCAGCACACAUUGAAACACUUCUUCACACAAAUGUAUUUAUUUUUGAAAUGUAAAUGACAGAUAAUUGAACCUAUAGUUCACUCAUAGACUUUAAGUCGGCCUGUAUUUUUUAACUAGAAUCCCUGUUUAUAUGUCCGAGUGACGGGACUUGCUUGAAUAUCAGUUGUUUAUACAGUCUUGUUUCUAGGAGUCAAUGUGAAAUGACUUGCAAUGAUAAAUAUAUAUUCUAUUUGUAGCUGUUUUAACUGCCAUUUUUUUGGUUAAAGCCAUGGAGGAAAGACACAGAGGCAUCAGGGUGUGUGCAAAUGUAAGAGUCCUUUGCUUAAUUUAUUCAGUCUAACGUUUGGUGGCUGUGUUGUUUUCAUUUGUGUGUGUGUGAGAAUAAUGUAAAACUACUGAAAUUAUUAAAUUAUAAUUGGUAAAUGAUCUCAUUGGAGAUAUAAAUUAUAUCUGGUUAUGUUCUUUAUUGUUCAUAGGUAAAAUGUAUCUGGCAGGAGACUCUAGUGUCCAGAUGUUCUGUUUAGUUUUUCUUUUUUUGCUGGAUGGUUAAAAUGUCUCACAGAAACAUUUCAGAUGUAUCCACAUGAUAUUAUGUGGUUUUUAUUUUUAUUUAGCCACAUUGUGAAUGUCAGUUUUGAGGUAAUAAUAUGGUGAAAAGGCCAUUAGUCAAACUCAUACUAACUGCCAAAGUGUCAAAGAGACUUCAUAUGGUUUAUAAUUCAUCAUGAUUUCUUUAAAAAAUGCUGUUCGUUUGAUGUUUUUAAUUGAAUUGUUAUAGUGGAUUACAUUAUGGUUCAACUGAAAUAGACUAUGAUAUAAAUAUUCAUUAAUCACAGAGAUACAUUUACUUUAUUAUGAAUUUAUUUUGCAGCAAACCUUGCACUGCCAGUGUCAAACACUGGUUGAAGAGAAUGUAAAGUUAGAUGUGAUGUUGGUGCUUUUUUGAGUUUGAAGUCUGUUUUACUACAAAUAAACAUCAAGUACAAAUAUGCACAA